AUGCCCGUCGAACUAAGAAAGCGCAAAGCGGCUCCAAGCCAGCCGGAGCCUGCGCAGAAAAAGGCAGCCACAGCCAAAACAACCAAGAAGGCUGCUCCCAAGGCCGAAAAGGCCACUGAGGAAGUUAAGAGCAAGAGCACCGCUGCUAAACCCGCAGUCCCAAAAGUUGGCGAUGUGAUUUCCUUGGAAGGAUUUGGCGGGGAGUUGCAGACUCAGGACGGCGCAUCGACUACUUUGCAGACUUUGAUCGCUUCGAGCAAAGCCGGCGUGGUUUUGUUUACAUACCCGCGCGCGUCAACCCCAGGAUGCACCAAACAAGCCUGCAUGUUCCGCGAUGGAUAUGAAAAUCUCACCUCGACUGGUCUCGCAAUCUACGGUCUGUCCACCGACUCUCCCAAGGCCAACACAACUUUCAAGACCAAACAGAACUUACCAUACCCGCUACUUUGCGAUGUUAAUGCCACUUUGAUUGGUAGCUUGGGUUUGAAGAAGUCGCCAAAGGGCACAGUACGCGGUGUCUGCGUGAUUGACAAGGCAGGMAAAGUUCUUCUCUUGGAGCCUGGUAGUCCAGCUGGAACCGUUGAGGCAGUUGAGAAAAUUGUGCGCGAGAGCCCGAUCAAGGAUGGGGAUAAGGAAGAAUCUAAGAAGGAGGCUGAAGAAGCUGAAGAGGAAAAGGAAUAG